GGCAUUAAAUCGAAGUCUCUCUCUCUCUCUCACACUGCAAAUCUCAAACAACAUUAAAACCCAAACCUACGAGAAUCUCUCCCUUCCUUGGUUGAAACCUCGUAAAGACAAAACCUUUGAUCCUUUCUCCUCCCCCGAGACUCGUCCUCUCUCGCUUCAUGGGUCUGUUCUCCAAUCUCCGAGGACCCAGAACCGGAGCUACCCACGACGAAUUGCCCGUAGCAAAUGGCUCUUCGUCUUCGUCUCCGUCUCACUCUUCAUCUAUCAGACGAAAGCUGUCGAAUUUAUUACCAAUCUGCGUGGCUCUUGUAGUCAUCGCCGAGAUCGGGUUUCUGGGUCGUCUCGAUAAAGUCGCUUUGGUCGAUACGUUGACCGAUUUCUUCACUCAGUCUCCGUCGCUCCCUCAGCCUCCUCCGUCGAGUAGAUCCGACCGGAAGAUCGGCGUGGUGGUGACGGAGAGCUGCGAGGAGUGGUUGACCAGAGAAGACUCGGUCACAUAUUCUAGAGACUUCCAUCAAAAUCCAAUCUUUAUCUCCGGUGGUGCCAAGGACUUCAAAUCUUGCUCUGUCGAUUGUACAUUUGAAGGUAGCUUAGGAGAUAAGACACCAGAUGCUGUGUUUGGGUUAGGUCAUCGACCUGGAACUCUUGGUAUAAUCCGUUCCAUGGAAUCAGCUCAGUACUAUCCUGAUAAUGAUCUCGCACAGGCACGACGGAGAGGUUAUGAUAUUGUGAUGACGACUAGUCUUUCAUCAGAUGUUCCUGUUGGGUAUUUUUCUUGGGCUGAAUAUGAUAUUAUGGCUCCACUACAGCCUAAGACCGAGAAGGCUAUUGCAGCUGCUUUUAUUUCCAACUGUGGUGCUCGCAACUUUAGAUUGCAAGCACUUGAAGCCCUUAUGAGAACUCACAUCAAGAUUGAUUCUUAUGGUGGUUGUCAUCGGAACCGAGAUGGAAAAGUUGACAAGGUUGAAGCACUCAAACGCUACAAGUUCAGUUUGGCUUUUGAGAAUACCAAUGAAGAGGAUUAUGUCACUGAGAAGUUCUUCCAAUCUCUAGUUGCUGGAUCUGUCCCUGUGGUUGUUGGUGCUCCGAAUAUACAAGACUUUGCUCCUGCUUCCGGCUCAAUCCUUCACAUUAAGAGUAUGGAAGAUGUGGAGCCAGUUGCAAAGAGAAUGAAGUAUCUAGCAGAUAACCCUGCUGCUUAUAAUCAGACAAUAAGAUGGAAGUACGAGGGUCCUUCAGAUUCUUUCAAGGCACUUGUUGAUAUGGCUGCUGUGCAUUCUUCUUGCCGUCUCUGCAUUUUCCUGGCUACUAGGAUCCAAGAACAAGAAGAGAAAAGCCCUAGUUUCAAGAAACGACCUUGCAAGUGCACCAAGGGAGGUUCAGACACAGUUUAUCAUGUUUUUGUUAGAGAAAGAGGCCGUUUUGAGAUGGAAUCCAUCUUUCUUAGGGGUAAAAAUCUGACUCAGGAAGCUUUACAAUCUGCGGUUGUGGCCAAGUUCAAGUCUUUAAAACAUGAGCCGGUGUGGAAGAAGGAAAGGCCUGUAAGCUUAAAAGGAGACGACGAGCUUAGAGUACACAAGAUUUACCCGCUUGGCCUCACACAGCGACAAGCUUUGUACAACUUCAAAUUCGAGGGGAACUCUAGUUUAAGCACUCACAUUCAACACAACCCUUGUGCUAAGUUUGAGGUUGUGUUCGUUUAGUUUCAUACUCAAAGAUAUAUUUCAUCAUUUCCAUCUUUAGUUUCGAAGGCAUUUCUCUCUGUGUUACAAUCGCUAAGUGGAAGAAACCGAAUAUAUGAGACAAAAAGGUCAAUUUAGUUAUGACACUGGUUUGUUUUAGCCAAGAGAUUUCUCUGUGUGUAAAGCAAUUCGGACAUUGCAGAUGAUUUGUUGUUGCUUUCUUGGUGCAGA